UUUACAUUUCUAGUUUCAACAUGAGUGAAUAUUUUCGAAAAUACAUUAAGAGUUCAAUCCGGAAUGAGCUAUGACCGAACAAGAAUGGCCAAAUUAGGUUCAAAACUACCUUCAAAAACUGUGUCCUGGAUACCCUCAGGAAAAGGAACUUCAAAGAAACGGAGGUAGAGAAGGAUACCGAGUGGGACAUACUCUGGGCAGAUAGAGAAUGGAUCUAUGAUAUUCUUAAUCAUUACCAUCUGCAACCUCAUCAGAAGAUUAAUCAUUUCAGGAACCAUUAUGAACUUACUAGGAAAGAUCUGAUGGUCAAGAACUUAAAAAGGUAUAAGAAACAAUUAGUUAAAGAAGGAAAGACUGACGAUGAAUACAGCCUUGAUUUCUACCCCACUACUCAUAACCUUCCCUCUGAUUACUCUUUGUUCGUGGAGGAAUUUAAAAAGAAUCCUGGCUCUGUUUGGAUCAUGAAACCAAUCUCUAAAGCGCAGGGUAAAGGAAUCUUCUUGUUUACCAAGCUGGCUCAGAUUUCACAAUGGAAGAAUGACUUUCGCUGGAAGCCAGAUUCCCCACAAGCAGAUCCUUAUGUGGUACAGAAGUAUAUCUUGAGACCCUUCCUGAUUGGAGGGAAAAAGUUUGAUUUAAGAAUAUAUGUUCUAGUUACGAGUUACUCUCCUCUAACUGUCUAUCUCUACCGUGAAGGAUUCGCUAGAUUUACUCACCACAGGUACUCUACUAAUAUUGAUGACAUUACUAAUUCCUUCAUGCAUUUGACAAAUGUUGCAGUACAGAAGACCUCAAUGGCCUAUGAUGAUAAAUUAGGAGGAAAAUGGGAUCUUAGAAGUUUAAAAAUAUACCUGAUGACUAGGUACGGUCAGGAAGAAGUUAGUGCAGCUUUCACUGGGGUUCAAGAUCUUAUCCUCAAAUCACUCCAGUCUGUUGCUAAAGUAAUCAUAAACGAUAAGCAUUGAUUUGAAUUGUAUGGGUUUGACGUCCUGUUCGACGCGAAGCUAAAACCAUGGCUGAUAGAAGUAAACGCAAGCCCAUCACUAACAGCCACGACACCAUCAGACUACAAUACUAAGUUCAAUCUUCUAGAUGAUGCAUUUACUGUAAUAGACAUGGAGAAUUUCCUGACCGGUAACGAGGAGCAAAUAGGUGGUUUUGAUCUUAUAUGUAAAGGGACUCCUUCUAAACUACCUAUAAACUCCACCUUUAAGACAUACCUCGGAUGCUAUAAUAACAGGAAGCAGCAGCUAAAGAAAUUAGCGAAGAUCACCUCCUCAAGGCUCACUCAGCAGUAUACCCAAGAAAUCGUUAAUGGUGGAAGCAGCCAUAAAGGAGGAUAUAGGAAAUAAUCGAAUGGUUUGAUAGUUAUUGGCAAUAUUUAUUUCAAAUUAAA